GGCUUCUGGUUGGGUUUCCUUGUGUCUCAAGGCCCAACCACAAAAGCAGAAGCUUCCCCUCCCAAAUUCUAGUGCGCCUCGGUCGCCUUCCCAGUUUCAACUCUCCGGUGGCGCUGCUCUACUUGCCUUGCGGUGACCGUGGAGUGUUGCUGAGAAAGGGAAAAGCAUGAACGCCUUCAAAGCUUACAAGGCUUGUGUGCCGAUUGCAUGGAGCCCCAACUUGUACAUAACCCUGGUUAGGGGCAUUCCUGGAACCAGAAGACUUCACAGGCGUACAUUGGAGGCAUUGCGGCUUCGCAAGUGUAACCGAACUGUUAUGAGAUGGAACACCCCUACUGUUAGGGGAAUGUUGCAACAAGUAAAGAGGCUGAUCGUGGUUGAAACAGAAGAGAUGUUCAAAGCCCGCAAAGAGAAGGAAGCAAACCACCGAGCUUUACGUCCGCCUUUGGUCAUAAGCCAUCUGCCUGCCCCAGAUUGCAGUUCUUAAAAGCAAACUUUGUCCUCUUAGGUCAGAUCCUUCUCCAGUGUUCUUUUAUCAGACAAUACAGUUUCUAGAUGUGUCAUUGGAAAGAAAUCCAUUGGUUGUAAGAGUUCCAUCAUGAUUGAGUGGUUUAUUCGAAGAUAUAUUUUGCUAUGACUUAAUUAAACAAUCAAUUGCUACAUAAUUUGAUGGAAGUGAAAUAAAGGACAGAGUUCAUAAUCUGGGUCCAUGAAAUCAUACUAUCGGCCUCUGGACAGUCGAAAAAAGGAAAGGCAGCAGAAAGCGCUGAUAAGUAUUUCAAUGGGUGAUUGCACUUAACAUUCUCUAGAUAUGUCGUUGCUGAGUUGGUGAAUUUCCACCUUUUUACUUGGAAGGGUACAGACUGAAGUUUGAUUUAGUUUUGUUUGCAGAAUCUGUUGCUUUGAGAAUUCGGAGCGUCCUCAUCUAAGGACGAUCCGAAUUCGCUCAAUCCAUCUUUAUUAUUGUUGCUUUAGCUUAUUUACUUCUGAAAAGCCUGAGAUCCUUCUGAUUUACAUAUGUUCUUCGUUCACCCAUAGUCAUCUGAGUCUCAUCAUGAGUUCAUUGGCAAAGGUGCUUGUGGCUUAUUAGUCUGCAAUUACCAAUUAAGCAACACUUCUUUACUUCCACUUCAUACGAAUCGAUGUUUCUUCUCAAGGAGGGAGUUUUUUUCAGAGUAUACUCCAUGUUGAAUAUUGAAAUAUCCUUCGAGAGAAUGAUCUAUAGCGUGAGAAACUGUAAUUUGAGAUCUAACCAAGACGGUAUUGGGCACAGUAUUUGUAUUAAGACAAUGCUUCACUUUAUAUUAUGCUUCUGAGGAUUACAUUCUGAUCUA